AUGAUUCCCAAAAAUUCGCCUUAUCGAUACGUUGGAAUAUGGUACGAUAAAGUUCCAAUUCAAACAGUUGUGUGGGUAGCCAAUAGAGAAGAACCAAUAUCAGGUGAUGGGGGAGUUAUAACUAUAGGAAGUGAUGGUAAUUUAAUGGUUCUAGAUGGAAAUGGCAAUUCAGUUUGGUCAGCGAACGCUUCUUCGAUUGAAUCGAGCAAUUCAACUGCUAUUCUCAUGGACACUGGUGAUCUUGUUCUCUCUAGGAACAAUUCUGAUGAGGCCUUAUGGCGCAGCUUCAGUUAUCCGACUGAUACUUAUUUGCCUGACAUGAGAGUCUACAUGAAUGUUGAAGAAGGCGAAAGUCGCGUUUUCAAUUCUUGGAAAAGUGCCAAUGAUCCUUCACCUGGAAGGUAUUCGAUGGGUGUUGAUCCUCGUGGAUCGCCACAGAUAGUGAUAUGGGAGGGAUUGAAUCGAUAUUGGAGAAGUGGGCAUUGGAAUGGAAUAAUAUUCACUGGUGUCCCCCGCAUGAGAGCUAUUUAUCUAUAUGGUUUUCGCCUUUUGAAUGAGGGGGAUGGCAGGUUGUAUUUUACAUAUAGUAAGAUGAACAAUUCUGAUUUAAUCAAUUUUCGGAUAACUUGGGAAGGAUAUGAGAGACAGGUGAGGUGGGAUGAAGUUCUAAGGGAAUGGAGUGUGAUACAGAUGCAACCGAGGAACGAAUGUGAUUUGUAUAACAAAUGUGGACCUUUUGGAAUUUGUAGUGUGGUUAAUUCUCCAAUAUGCAGUUGUAUGAAAGGGUUCAUACCAAAGGACUUAGAUCAAUGGAGGAAUGGAAAUUGGUCGGGUGGGUGCACUAGAAGGACACCAUCUCAGUGCCAGAGGAACGAGGGGGAGAGCGGGAGAGAGGAUGGGUUUUUGGGGAUUGAGGGGGUGAAACUUCCAGAUUUCAUGGAUGGUUCAGAAAGCAAUAAUGAAGAAUGUGAAGAGAAGUGUUUGAGGAAUUGUUCUUGCAAUGCCUAUGCUUUUGUUAGUGGAAUCAAUUGUAUGUUAUGGAGUGGGGAUUUGGUUGACAUUCAGAGUUUUGAUGAAGGUGGGAACACCCUGUACCUUCGUCUUCCUAAAUCGGAACUAGGUAAGUUAACUUUCAUUUCCCUUUGCUUUGUCAGAACCAUGAUACAAUUUUAUUCACUUUCUCAAGUUUGUUUUGCUGUUAGAAUUUAUCUGAGAAACUGUCAAAUGGUUUUCAUUAUAUUUUUUUUGUUUGGUUUGGUGGUUUUGGGCUGUUUUGUUGGUGGUGGUGUUUUUUUUUUUUUUUUGGGGGGGGUGUUGGGAUCAAUGGCCAAAUGA